CCAUGACAUGAGAGGCAAGGCAGCCGCCCGCGUGGCCACUCCGCACGCGAAUCCGCGUCGCCAACGGCGCUUGGGGGAGGGUUUGAGUCGGGGGAGAACGGACCCCGCCCCUUUUCGGCCCCACGCGUGACGUCGCGGGAGGCGCUGGCCUCCGCCCGGCUCUGAACGCAGGCUCUCCGUGGAGGCCCAGAUCCUGCUGCUCUCCAUGGGCAGCGGCCAGGCAGGGCACAACCUGCAUCUCUGUCUGGCCCACCACCCACCUCUGGUCUGUGCCACUUUGAUCCUGCUGCUGCUUGGCUUCUCUGGCCUGGGCCUUGGUGGCUUCCUCCUCACCCACAGGACUGGCCUGCGCAGCCCUGACAUCCCCCAGGACUGGGUCUCCUUCUUGAGAUCUUUUGGCCAGCUGACCCUCUGCCCCGUGAACAGGACAGUCACAGGGAAGUGGCAUGGGUCUCACGUCGUGGGCUUACUGACCACCUUGAACUUCGGAGAUGGUCCAGACAGGAAUAAGACCCAGACAUUCCAAGCCAUGGUCCUGGGUAGUCAGAUGGGAUUGAAAGGAUCUCCUGCAGGAGAGCUGGUCCUUAUUACAGCCAGGGUGACCACAGAAAAGACCCCAGGAACCUGUCUGUAUUUUAGUUCUGUUCUAGGAAUCCUGCCAUCAAGCCAACCACCCAUAUCCUGCUCAGAGGAGGGAGCAGGAAAUGCCACCUUGAGCCCUAGGAUGGCUGAGGAAUGUAUCAGAGUGUGGAGCCACGAAGGCCUUGUGCUUACCAAGCUGCUCACCUCGGAGGAGCUGGCUCUGUGUGGCUCCAGGCUUCUGAUUUUGGGCUCCUUCCUGCUUCUCUUCUGUGGCCUUCUCUGCUGUCUCACUGCUGUGUGCUUUCACCCACGCCGGGAAUCCCACUGGUCUAGAACCCGGCUUUGAGAGCACUGGCCUAGUUCCUGUCAUGUUCUCAGGUGUGAAUCAACUCCUGGGGCCUUGGUUCUGAGUUGGACAAGAUGUUGCAAAAAGUGGAGAGCUGGAAUGUGGGGGAAAAUAAAAGGCUUUCUGCCCAGUGUUGCCCAGGGUGUUUACUAAGGAUUGAAUUGAGUUGGGAAUUUUAGAGUAGACAGGCUCAGGAGGUUUGGGGAACAUUUCCUUGUUGACUCUUUAGUACACAGGUUGGCAUGGGGCAUGGGUUACAGUCAACCCUUCCCACACUUGUGACUUGGCUUUGGAAAACACCUGGUUUUGAUCCCAGCUGCGCCACUUUGUUUUCUUCUAUGAAAUAAAAUCGAUUAAUUCCAACUAA